AGAUUCCAAAUUACCAGCCACGUUCGAGAUACACACUGCAAGCUUCAAGAUUACUAUAUCAGCGCUAAACGAAUACAGCUUCCUCAGAACGCGGAAAUUCUGUCCGUAUCGUCGGGUCGCUCACAUUCCUUGGUAGCCACCACGUCUGGUGUUUUUGCAUUCGGAGACAACGCUCACGGCCAAUGUGCCCAAGAUCCAGAAAAGCACAGAGAAGUCCACGGAUUGAGGGAUUCGCUGCUGCCUGUUGUUGAAAUCCCUAGCGAUUCUCCUGCUGUGGCAGUACAUUGUACUCUGGACACGUCAUUCGUCCUCACAGAAAGUGGUGAAGUCUUCGCUUUUGGCUUGAAUGAGGAUGGACAAUGUGCAAAUCAUUCAUCUGGUAUUCAGUGGAAGCCCACAAAAAUCCUAGGGAUUCAUUUGAAACGCAACUGUCCCCCAUUAGCGACCGAUGCUCCCAAUAUUGCAGGCGAUGCAGCUGAUGAGAAGAUUACGACAAUUUCGGGAAGUUCCGAUACCAUAGUAGCAUUAUCCGAUAAGGGUGAGCUAUUCAUGUGGGGUCAGUGCGAAUAUGGACAGGCUGUUCUGACCUUUUCCCGCUACAUCCCAUUUCCACCUGGAAAAAUCGUGUCGGUAGGAUCAACAGCAAGUUCUUGUGUUGCCAACACGCACAGCGGAGAGGUAUACGUCUGGGGCGUUGGUUUGGUUGGUCUCGGGCCAAAUACACAGAAACUGGAUCGUCCAACAUUGAUGGAUGCACCACUUUUUGGGAAAGAAAAGGUCGCCAAGGUAUACGCUGGCAACACUUCCUGCGGUGCCAUCACAUUCGAGUGGCCGUCUCUUCGUUUGGGAUACGGUUUACUUGGACUUGAACAUGGCAAGGAUCAGUACUUCCCUCUUGAAGUUUUCUUCCCAUAUGAUGUGAAACAUAUUUGCCUUGGACCAGACCAUUCUCUUUUCUUAAUGAAAUAG